AUGCGAGGGCUACCGGCUAGAGGACGGAGCCGGCCAAAGAAGUUAGUCCGCCAUCGCCAGCAACAUCCAGUACGCUCGGCAACACUUAACGUUGGGACGCUUACUGGAAGAAGUCGUGAACUGGCAGACAGUCUCAGAAAACGCCGUGUUGACAUAUGUUGUGUACAGGAGACUCACUGGAAAGGCUCCAAAUCAAGGGAAUUAGGCGAUGGCUACAAGCUCAUCUACCACGGGACAUCAAGUCGCAAUGGCGUUGGUAUCGUAUUGAACGAGUCGUUUAGAGACAGCGUCACAGCAGUGAAUCGACUAUCGGAUCGCCUGAUGGCUGUAAAAGUAGACACAGGAAAAGUGGAAUUGCGAGUCGUCUCUGCUUAUGCGCCACAGAUGGGCUCUAGUGAAGAAGAGAAGGCGUGCUUUUGGGAAGAUCUGGAGCAGUACGUCCAGUCCCUGGAAGGCGAAGAAGUACUUCUAAUCGGAGGAGACUUCAACGGACAUGUCGGUUCUCGGAAAGACGGGUUCGAGAGUUUUCAUGGUGGAUACGGCUAG